UUGCAAGUCACAAGCGGCGCACAACUACGACGGCAAGCGUAGACCGCGAAUGGCGUCGCGUAGAGACUUUCAACGCCUAAAUAUAGGCAACUAACUUUACACAAAAUACAAAAUAAUCUAAUAUUACAAAAAUAUCAUAAUGGAAAUAACUUGGGAAACAUUUAAAAGUAAUCUGCAAGAGUUUCAUGAAUUAUCAGAUAAAAUACACGAUAAUUGGCAAAUUUUUGAUGAAAAAGUGUUUUACACUGAUUAUUCAACGUAUUUAAUCAAAAAACUAAGAAAACAAUCGAAAAGAGAUGAGUCCACGCUUACUUUCGAGUAUCAUAUCACUUUUGACGGAAUUUAUUCGGUACCAAAGCUUUGUUUCAACGUUUUUCGUACAGAUGGUUCUUUACUAAUGUUAGAUGAAGUUCUGAACCAAUUUGAGUUCCUACCAAGUGAUAACGUGUUAGAAAUCUUAACACAAAUGGAUCAUCCUGUAUUGCAACGGCCAUUUUAUUGUCUACAUCCUUGUAAGACAUCAGAAUUAAUGCAACUUACUGCAAAAAACUCGAAAAACGUCCUGGUGACAUGGCUAAGCACCGUGGGACCAAGUGUAGGACUACAUUUAGACAACAUCUACUCUCAAUUAACAUAAAAUUGAAAUAAAUUUAUUAAAUAAGCAAA